UUAAAUGAUUAGGCCGUCUACACAAUCCCAAUAAAAAGGGCGUAAUGAGAAAUCGGCAGAAGUGAACUGUUUUUUAUUGCUGUUUUAGUAAAGAAAGCAUUAAAAAGUAAUUAUGCUGGCCCAAUAUAUGGACGAGUUUGAACAGGAACCUUUUGAAGUGUCGGAAUUCAUUGAACGACUUACAUGGCGCAUUAAUAACGAAGUUGGAAUUAGUGGCAAAAAUGCAGACGACUUCAAUCCCGUAGCACUACAUGAUACUUUUAUUCAAACCAUAAAGGAUAUGAAGAUUUUGCAAGAAAAACAGCAGACAAAGUGUGAACGGCUCGAAGAAUCACUGCGCCAAGAACAAGCAACACACAACAAACAAAUAUGUAAGCUGCAGGAGCGUCAUCAAGUUGCAAUCGACUGGUUUGGGCAACUAGAUGAGAAGAUAAAUUCUGUUGCAGGUAAAAUUAUACACCUUGGCGAGCAGCUUGAAAAUGUUAAUACACCACGUAGCCGGACUGUAGAAGCACAAAAAUUGCUAAAUCAUAUGUCUGAGUUCCUGGUGCCUGGUCCAAUACUCAACGAUAUUUUCACCGAUCCAACACGUCUAUACGAAGCUGCUGAUGUAAUUCAAAAACUUUAUACCAUAUCACAAGAUUUGCCGAUCGAAAAGUUUGCUGAAUCGAAGCGAAAAAUCGAAAAAAUGUAUGACGAUGUUGAACGUCGUCUGAUUGAAGAGUUUGCCACAGCACAAAAGUGUGAAGACAUUGAGAAAAUGAAAAAGUUAGCGCAGAUUUUAUCUCAAUUUAAGGGCUUCACUCAGUGUAUUGAUGCAUACAUCGAACAAAGUCAAAUGACUCCCUAUGGGGGAAAGGAUAUAUUUAUCGGAAUAGCACCCAUGUGCAAGCAUCAUAAUGAGAUUAUCAAAAAAGUCUUUGCCAAUCCAGCUCAAGUGAUGUCGAAGUUUAUACUCAAUAUAUACCAAUUGAAGUUGCAUCAGUAUGCGUUAACUAAAUUGGAUGAUAAGAGGGAUGAGGAAAAAUACCUACGAACACUAUAUGAAUUGUAUUCGCGUACUUUAAAAUUGUCGGCGGAUCUACAAAUCUAUAUGUCUGUAAUGGAUGAUGAUCUUUUGCAAAAGUUAACACAGCAAAUUUUUACAAAACACUUAGCAAACUAUGUGGAAAUUGAGUCAAGGUGUCUCACAACCAAAUGCUCAACCGAAUUGGAGCGUUUUUAUGUUAGCAAGAAGCAUCAAAAGAAGCCAACAGAACGAUUUCAAGAGUUAAGACGUGAUAUGCAGGCAUUAAUUGGCACACGUGCGAACAUUAAUAUUGCUCAGAUUGAAGAUUAUGGUGGAGAGACGUUUCUAUGUGAGGAGUUAGCAAUAAAUAUGCUACAGGAGGCGAAGGCUGCGCUUAAACGAUGCCGCUUACUUUCAAGUGCGAUUGAAAUGCCAACAAAUGUGAUAAAAUUAAAUGACAUUUUACUGCGCUUUCUCAUGCACGAACACGUAGUGUAUGCUCUGGAGCUUGGCCUACAAGCGAUACCGAUAGCAGAAGGCAAAACGUUUCCGCAACUUUAUUUUUUCGAUGUGGUGCAAAAGACUAAUAUUAUAGUACAUCUGCUUGAAAAACUCUCGAAUAGUGCCGUCAUUCCUUGUAUAAUAAAUACCCCGAAGUACUCGGAUUAUAUGUUCAAAAGGCGUUUGCUCAUGGAACAAAUUGAAAAAUCUUUAGAUCAGGGCCUUGAGCGUUCUAUUAACGCUGUAAUCAGUUGGGUAAAACUAUAUUUACAAAGCGAACAAAAGAAAACAGAUUAUAAGCCGGAAACAGACAUGGAUACAAUUUCGUCGGUGGCUUGCCUUCAAGUUGUGCAAAACUUGCAACCUGCUCUAAAGCAGGCAAAGCGGUGUGUAGAUGGUGACAAUUUACAAAGCGUCCUGCAUGAGUUUGGUGUGCGCUUUCAUCGCGUCAUCUACGAUCAUUUGCAAACCAUGCAAUACAAUACGGCUGGUGCUAUGUGUGCCAUCUGUGAUGUAAAUGAGUAUCGUAAAUGUAUUCGGGAGUUGGAAAAUCCACUGGUAAUACAACUUUUUGAUAUACUACACGCAUUGUGCAACCUUUUGCUAGUGAAACCAGAAAAUUUGCAAGAAGUUUGCACCGGAGAGACUUUGUUUAAGAUUGCGACUGUUUCAGCCGGAAACACCGUGGGCCAUUUGCCCAUGGAAAUUGUAAGUUUGGUGCUAGGUCCAAAGAUGCCUGCACCCGCUCUGUCCGCCAUCCUUGAUCCAUCUGUAUACCAGUGUACAUAUCUGAGAUCAAGGGCAGAGAGCCCAUUUGCCCAAUCUUCGCGAUCGGGGAUUAUCACUUGGAAUUUUCAGCCAAAGCAGACCUCCUUAGUCAUGGAAUCAGAGAUUCCGCAUAUAUCCAACCCUGGUAUCUUCCCAAGAAUACCUGCAUGA